AAUUUUAAGAAACGCCUCCUUGAACAUCAACUUAAAAGCGAGGUUGAGGAUAGUGAAAAUGAAGAAUAUGAAGAUGAAGACGAUGUUAUAGAUUUCAGUACAGUUUUGUUCGAUCAACAGGCAGAAUCAAGCAAAGUUAGAGAGGGCUGGACAUUGAAGAAUGGCAAAGGAGUCAGAGAUGUUCUUGUUCAUAUGACAUCAAAGACCAUUGAACAAGCAAAGAAACUACAAUCCAAAGGAGAACGUUUAGAUGCAUUCACUUUAAGCACUAUACGGCUUGGACUUUCGUCAAUAGUUGACCUUUCUUCCGAAUUUUCUGGUGGUAUGUGCUCCUGGUUUGGUGAGGAAUGGUCAGAACUUAAAGCAAAGGCCUUGGCGCAAAUAAACAUUAGGCUAAAGAAAUUUGAAGACGCAAUUGAAAGUGAUAUUAACAAAAUCGAAGAGCUUUGUAGUGAAUACAAAUACUGGGAUGCAAGAGAUUUUGUAUAUGAGAAGUUAAAGGGACGUCCAACGUCAAAGAUGUUUCUAACGGACCCCUUCAUUUUUGUGGAUAAAGAAGGAAAUAAACAAAAUUUAACAGAAAUUGAAUUUGUGCUCAAAGUUGCAGGUCCAAUAAUGGAUAUAAUAUUUUCCGAUGUUCAACAUCUUGUUCAUCUUAAAUGGGGAGAAACGGUUUCAAAAGCAACGGCAGUUGGAAGAAAAAUAGACUUACAAGUUAUAUGCCGAGGAAAAUAUCAAGGAAAAAUUGUGGAGCUUAGCCAUUCCGAGUGCGCUCGUAGAACAACUUCUGCUAAAAUUAUUAGUGAUCGCAGUAAAUGUUUGAGAACAAAUAAAUCUGUUCUUAAUAACUAUCUUUCACAUGAUCUGUCCGAUGAAAUAAUCAAAAAUUCUGCAGUCAUUGGAUUGCAGUUAGCAGCUCUAUAUGGUCAAAUAAUUGGUGUUGACUUAUUAGAUAAUGGAUUAUAUUUCGGGUUUGAAGGGCCAAAAUUAAGGUUUCCUGCUCAAAUCAAUGAUAUUACUGUUCUGAAAAGAACUUUGGAAGCAUUAUAUUUCUUUAAG